AUGGCAAACUAUGAUGAUGAUGAAAUUUCAGAAGCGGGCUCUGUUACACUAGACAACUUACAAUACGAUGAGAUACUUGACCUUGAUCCCGAGGACAUCGACAGGCAUCCGUUUGAGGAAAAAAGUGAAGAGGCUCAGUUCAGAGAGCAAACAUGGGAACAACAGUGGAAGGAAGUUGUCAGAUCUCUUGUGUCCGGCGAGGCACGGCGGGAUACAUCCGAGCCAGGACAAGGCCGCUUACUUGAAGAAUAUAAGAAGAAGGCACUGACGAGUCGAGACGCUCGUGAGAGGACAACGCCGACGUUUCUUCACAUCUUGGCAAAGAGGCGAGAUACUGAUGACUUUGGAAACCUGCCGGGAGAUACACUGUCAAAGAUUCUCAAGUAUCUUCUUGAGUUUCAGGACAGUGCUUUGGUAGAGAGUGGUCUCAGCAAACCAAAGGAUGACCCGAUUCUGCGGGUAGCGAUGGAGUUCAAUAACACCAAGUUCAUCGAAUCCGUCACCGAAUGUUCCAGUGAGAUUCCGGGAAAAUUAGAUGAACUACUUAAUGCGACGGAUCACGAUGGGAUGAAUUGCCUUCACUACGCUUUCAAGGAACAGCUGCCAAAGGCUCUAGGAACCCACCAAGGGAUUAAGCAGAGUUCGGCCAUUGCACCAGAACGACCGAAUUUACGUGUAACGAUUAAGACAAUCCAUGGCUUUGUCAAAGAGGCAAAACCUGAGACAAUAGCCGCAAGGGACAAUUACGGCAACACUCCCAUACACUAUGCCAUGGAUUACAAUAACUGUCGACUCCAAGUAAAGCAAUACAACAACAUAGUUCAAUACCUGGUUCUAACAGGCGAUAAGAUACUGAAGAGGAACCCGGAUCAGCAGUUCAACUUGAACAACGAGUCCCCAUAUUUGUACUAUCUAAGGACGCGAGAAAGAUGGUUAAAGCAAAAUAGAAGAGCCGCCGCCGCAACAGGACCAGCGACUACCUCUUCAGAAAGAGGUGGCAACCGUACUGGCAGAGAAAAACCGCCUAUUAGGACAGGCGCCCUGUAUGAGUCUAGAAAGGAGUCAAAAGAUGACUAUUCGACAGGGGAGUAUCAGAAAAAAAUGCUCCCGCCAAAGCCAGGGACGACUGAGCCAUCAAGAACGAAAAUGGGCCCUCCACCUCCGCUUGACAAAGGUCGGACAUUGUAUACCACAGCCCAGGAAGCCAAAGAUGGAACAGAAGCUUCAGAUUAUGACCCAAAGCAGUCUCGUCGUCCUUCUGUGCAUAUUUCAGAGAACCAACCCAUUCAUGCAACCCCGGCCACUCCUACAUCCUUGGAUAAUCCUCUUCCCAAGUCUCUUACGCGCACUCGAACACAGAAUUACGACCAGGCUAGCGAUUCCGGUCAGACAAAAGCUCCAGCCAGCGUCAAGCUAGACGAAGAUAAAUCCAAUCCAAGCAAAACUUCUCUAGACUCGGAUACGGCAGCAAGCAAAAUCGGGGAAUUUGUCAAAGUUCAUUAUAUACGCACCAGAACAGAUAUGGAAGCAAAGGAAUUACUUUAUGGUAAAGUAGCUUCAGACAAAAACUUGUAUUUCGACGCAUCUCACCUCGCGGGAAAGACUGUAGAUCAAGUCGUAGACCUGAUCGAGAAGCUUUCCAAGGCGGGCGGGUUUGAGGACACUCUAUCCUACGUCAAUUUGCCGAUAUUAACGACAAUUCACGAAAAGUCAAGCGCAUCCAAGUCAGACAACAGAGGAUACAGUUCAAACGAGAAAAGACAACGCGGAGGGGCUCAUCAAGAAAAUCCCAAGUUGGGGCGCAGUGCUCUAAUAAGUGUAUUUGACAAACUGGUGUCAGUCAACAUUCGACACAUACUCCGGCUGCAGGUGGACGACAGAGAAGGUCUACCUCACACCGAUGCUGCAAUCGAACGAGCUAUACGAGGUCAGGAUUCGUUUGGUCUCGGUAAUUCCAGGAAAGAGGAAAUUAAGAUAGAAUCCUGGGACUGGAGAAAGCCAGACCUAAGCAUGGACGUUAUAUCCUUUGCAGCACCAGAUGCUACUCACAUCAACCUCUACUGGAGUGGAAACCAGACGAUUCUCAAAGGCUGGGGCUACCCAGAAGGUAUUGCAAGAGAUGCAACAUCCAAUGGCAAGUUAAGGAGGGUGACGCUCCAUGCCUUUCCGGGUUUCGAAAGUCGCGAUAGAAUGAUGAAAAUGAUAGAAACCUUCGAAACCGAGAUCACUGACCGCACAAAAGGAAGGGUCAAAAUCGAGAAGAGGAUACAUUCUGGCACGGUUACAUCCAGUAUCAAGUCGGACGAUGAUUUGGACCCGUCAGAGAUUGGAACAUCAGACGGCCCUCCACAGCAGGUCUGGGUUGAGAGAAUGGAGGAUUUCAGAAGCUCUCUAAUCUCUGUUCACCGACUUCUGGGCGGCAAGAUUAAAAUACCGCCCGUAAAGGUUGCAUUAAUAGACGAUGGCGUCGAUCUACUAAACUUGGAUACGUACAACAUUGUUCAGGCUACUGGUCUGAGCUAUUGCCCACCAGAUGGGAAAACGGAACGGCCGUGGCAUCAGUCCACCAACGGUCACGGCACAGUCAUGGCCAACAUGAUUGUGCGCAUCAAUCCUUGGGUUUCGCUCGAUGUUAUGAAGAUACAUGAAAGCACUAGCCACAGCCCUGGAAGCAAAACACGGACCAUAUACGCAGAGAGCGCUGCGAGAGCCAUUGAAGGCGCCAUCAUUCGCAAGGCCGACAUCAUAUCCAUGUCGUGGACUAUUCGGAAAUUGGCGAAAAAGAUAGGCAGUGUACCUAAUGCCCUGGAUGUCGGAACCGACGAAGAGCACAAGAGAUCACCCGAGGAGGUGGCCAUGGAUGCGCUUCAAAAGGCAAUCGAAAAGGCCAAGUCUCGCAACAUCCUCAUGUUCUGCUCCGCCGCCGACGACAUCCAACUCCUCGGCAGGGAAUCACUUCCUUUCAGCGCAGCAUCGGACUGUAUUCUUCGUAUUGGCGCCGCGCUGCCCAAGGGCCAAAGAGAUCCAACUUCCGAAGAUUUUAACACAAUAAGCUACUUCUUCCCCGGAAACCAGGUGGCAGAGGCAAGGAAUCCUCGGUCAUCAAAACCCGUCGAAUAUCAUGAUGGAUCUUCCGUUUCCACUGCAUUAGCUGCAGGACUUGCAUCACUAAUAAUUUACUGCACAAAUGUCGUAAAAACCUACUACGACGAUUCGAGGCCCUUUACUGACUGGGCGUUGAAGUUGCGGAACCACAAGAACAUGCGGACCGCAUUCGAUAACAUAAAUUCUCCGGAUUAUGACGACAAAAAAUUUCUACCUGUCUGGAAGACGUUUGGGGAUGCUACAGAGCGAAUCAAUAAUGCUCAAGGGGAGAAGAAGAAGAUUGUGGAGUUGGAGAAUCUGGUGAGAAUUCUUUGUCAUAAACUUGAGGCAGAGUAA